GUUGUGAUCACACUCCACGUAUCAAUUGGACGCUGGUACUCUGGGAGAGACUUUUCCAUUCCCGUUUUCAAGCACCAAGAUCGCCCAAAUCGACUGUAACCCUUGAUCUUGCUUUUCGCAUUUGGAACCCUGUGAAAUCACUAUUGAUCAAGAUCGACCUAGCCCUACAUUCUCGAGAUUUAUCAGAACGCAAGGAAAUUAGGGUUCUUGACAUCCAGAACAUUGCUUGGAAAUGGGUAUGUGUUGUAGAUGGAUUAUUGAGUUGAAAUGGUCGUAAAUUUACGUGACAUAUGUUACGAUUUCUAUUGGAAUUUUAAGAGAACGAGUGGACUCGAAGCAUCCUCCAACUGGGAAGCAAAUCUAAGAGAACAAUUGGAACUUUAAAUUUUAAUAUCAUAGUGGUGGGAGAAGGAUUGAGUUCGAGUAUCAUAUGGAUUUCAAGUUCAAAUAUUUGCAACUGCUGAUCUUCAUGUUGGCAUCGGCUGCUUUUGCCAUUAGGAAGGAUGUCAGUUUCCAAGAAACACAAAUCUGCAGAACAACCGUUCAAGGAAGAUAUUUAAUAACUGAUUAUACUGGUUACGUCUGUGAUGCCCUUUCACUUGAUCCUCAGUCCCAUUGCUGCCGUGUGAAAAAAGAACAGUAUAGCUGCCAUGGCUGCAAUCUUGUUUCACAAUGCUGCAAUUCCUACGAAUAUUGUGUUUCUUGCUGCCUAAAUCCUGAAAGAAUACAUAUCGAUCAAGCUUUAACAGUGAAGAUCGCUAAGCCAGUAACUUCCGGGUCCUAUUCAAGUCUUUUUGAUUACUGUGCUGGGAGAUGUCGCCAUAAUUCCGAGAGCGUGGUUCAUGAAAACGCUUAUCACAGUGAAUUCCACCAUUGUUUUGCGCUGCCAUCCAACAUGUCUGCCGGAAUCACUGAUACGCAGAUAGAAGUCCGGCUGAUUGGCAUUAAUGUUAUCGUUGGUAAACAAGGGGAGUCGUGUGAUUCUGUCUGCAAAUCAAGUGGGCAAUCAUGUGUUCCAAGCAAAUUCGUGCUUAUAAAUCAAUGUGAAAUUAUGCAGAAGUAUAUGAAAUGCAGAGGAUCGUGUUUGGCAAGCAUAGGUUCUGACCAACCUGCUGAAGUGGUCGAGGACGCCCCUACAAAUCUGAAUCCAGGAGCAUGCUUAUAUACACGAAGACCAUCGUUGCUUUCUUGUGACGGAUCUCAUCAGCAUACAAGGAGGCUUUGCCCCUGUGCUUAGAAGGUUGAUUGACUUAUCCCAUUUAUGAUUCAGCUAACGGUGUCACCUAGAGGACAAUUGACCCAAUUCAGGCAGCAGAUGUUAUUACAUGCCCUUGCCAUUGUGAGGCUGCUUGCAUCUGCAGAAUGCAAUAGAUGAACCCGUUUUUCAUCAUGCUUGUAAUCUUAGCAAGAUCAGGUGAGUUAAAAUCAUGUAGUAGUUAUCAAUAUAUUUCCGUUGCUAACUUGAUGAUUAAAUGGGAAGUUGUAGUAAAAUUUCAAGUUUGUAGGAAAACGGAAAGCCGGUUAUAGAUAAAUGAAA